UCAUGCUGCUGCCAGGUCCAGAGUCUCUCAUGGGUCCCUGUACGGCCUCCCAUUGCUGCUGUCUCCAUCGCCACACUCUGCCAUGUGCCACUUUCAGGUCUCCUCACACUGCUGGUGGGUUCCAUUUUUUGUCAUAGGGUGCUGGCAGAUUACGGGCCUCCCAUAGCUGCUCCCAGGCCCGUAAUCUGUCAUGGGCCCCUGUACCGCCUCCUCAUGCUGCUGCCAGGUCCAGAGUGUGUCAUGGGUCCCUGUACGGCCUCCCAUUGCUGCUGUCUCCAUCGCCACACUCUGCCAUGUGCCACUUUCAGGUCUCCUCACACUGCUGGUGGUUUCCAUUUUUGUCAUAGGGUGCUGUGGCCUCCCAUUGCUGCUGCCUCCACCGCCACACUGUGGCUCCACACUCUGGUUUUGGCCCCGUGACUGCCCAAAUGAGUGAAGUGUGCGGUGAUUCUAAGAUCGACGGCACUCAUCUGCAUGUCAUACUG